AUGUCAUGUCCCAACAGCGCGGCUCCCAACGCCUUCCUGAUGGAGCCGCUGGCUCGCCCCGAGCCCUUCGCCGCUGGCCCGGGGCUCUUCGCCCAGCCCGGCGACUUCUCGCCCCUGCGGAGCUGCGCGGCCCUCCCGAAACGCGACGAGGCCUCGCUGGGCUCCUUCCCGCCCUACCUGGCGCAGCUCGACACCUGGGCCGACCCCAAAAGCGCUUUUAGGAUCGAGCAAGCUGCUGCGCGGCCGCUGCCGAGCUGCGCCUUCCCCGCCGUCAAGGAGGAGGGCGGCUGCUGCAUGUUCCCGGCGGAAAAAAGGGCCAAAAACCCCCAAAACCUCGCCGAGGGCUCGCUCUUCCCCUCGCCGCUGGCCGAGCCCUGCCUGGGCGACCACGAGGUGCCGGUGGCCGGCUACUACCGCUACCCCUCGCUGGAGAAAAGCCCCGAGGCGGCGGAAUUCCAGGCGGCCUUGGAGGGCAGGAGCGGCCGCAGCGAGCGGCUGGAAGCGGCCGAGGGCGCUUCACCCAAAUUCCGGCGGAAUUGCCCCGAAAACGCCGGCGCGGAGCAGCCGCGGGGGGAAAUCAAAUCGGAAAAAACCAAACUGAGCGCGGGCGAGGAGCAGAAGGAGGCGAGUAAAAGCGCGGACGCGGCCAGCACCGAUAAUUCCGACUGCGAGGCCAAAGAGGAGGCGAAGGCGGAGGGCGCGGGGGGGACGUGGCUGACGGCGCGCAGCGGGCGCAAGAAGCGCUGCCCCUACACCAAGCACCAGACGCUGGAGCUGGAGAAGGAGUUCCUGUUCAACAUGUACCUGACCCGCGAGCGCCGCCUGGAGAUCAGCCGCAGCAUCGCGCUCACCGACCGCCAGGUCAAGAUCUGGUUCCAGAACCGGCGCAUGAAGCUCAAGAAGAUGAACCGCGAGAGCCGCGGCCGCGAGCUCAGCGCCGCCUUCGCCUUCAGCUGA